UUGAAUGUGACGCGAGUGUGUUUUCCGUGAUUUCCAACACUCCAGUGUUGGCUAAUGCACAGCACUUAACGGCUGAGUGCUAAGUGUGACCAGAUCAUCAAACUGCAUACAAAGGGGAGGCCAGAAGACACGCCGUUUGCAUGGCCGAACGGCGGACGGUCACCAACUACACUUCUUUUUUUUAGUGCAAAAAAAAACAAAAUAAAGAAGAAGAAACGAAAAACAGGGCCAGCAGCUUGAGCCCAAAUAUAUAACAAAUAUAACAUUUUAUGUGGUCAAAAUGAGCGUGCUGCCGUUCGUGCGCGGUGUGGACUUUACGAAAAAUGAUUUCAGCGCAACAUUCCCCAACUCCAUGCGGCAGAUGUCGCGGGUGCAGUGGCUCACACUGGAUCGCACGCAGCUGGCCGAGAUUCCCGAGGAGCUGGGCCAUCUGCAGAAGCUGGAGCACCUGUCGCUGAACCACAAUCGCCUGGAGAAGAUCUUCGGCGAGCUGACGGAGCUGACCUGUCUGCGUUCCCUCGACCUGCGGCACAACCAGCUGAAGAACAGCGGCAUACCGCCGGAACUGUUCCAUCUGGAGGAGCUGACCACCCUCGACCUGUCGCACAACAAACUGAAGGAGGUGCCGGAGGGUUUAGAGCGGGCCAAGAACCUGAUUGUGCUCAACCUGAGCAACAAUCAGAUCGAGAGCAUACCCACGCCGCUGUUCAUCCACCUCACGGAUCUGCUGUUCCUGGAUUUGUCGCACAAUCGACUGGAGACACUGCCGCCGCAGACCCGGCGUCUGAUCAAUCUAAAGACCCUCGACCUGUCGCACAAUCCGUUGGAGCUGUUUCAACUGCGCCAGCUGCCCUCGCUGCAAAGUUUGGAGGUCCUCAAGAUGAGCGGCACCCAGCGCACGCUUCUCAACUUCCCCACCAGCCUCGAUAGUCUGGCCAAUCUCUGCGAGCUCGACCUGUCGCACAAUUCGCUGCCCAAGUUGCCCGAUUGUGUCUACAAUGUGGUUUCCCUGGUACGGCUGAAUCUGAGCGACAACGAACUGAGCGAACUUAGUGCCGGCGUGGAGCUGUGGCAGCGUCUGGAGUCGCUGAAUCUAUCGCGGAAUCAACUGGUGACCCUGCCCGCUGCCCUCUGCAAACUGCCCAAGCUGCGGCGAUUGCUGGUGAACGACAAUAAGCUGAACUUCGAGGGCAUACCCUCGGGCAUUGGCAAAUUGGGUGCUCUGGAGGUGUUUUCGGCGGCCAACAACCUGCUGGAAAUGGUGCCCGAGGGACUCUGCCGAUGUGGUGCUCUAAAACAGCUCAAUCUGAGCUGUAAUCGGCUGAUCACCCUGCCCGAUGCCAUUCACCUGCUCGAGGGUCUGGAUCAGUUGGACUUGCGCAACAAUCCGGAGCUAGUGAUGCCACCCAAGCCAAGCGAAGCGAGUAAAGCCACCAGUUUGGAGUUCUACAACAUAGAUUUUAGUUUGCAAACCCAGCUGAGAUUAGCUGGGGCUGCGGUGCCACCUUCAAUGCCAACAUCAGCCACGCCCAAGGAUUCGACGGCAAGGAAAAUCCGCUUAAGACGCGGUCCCCGCAGCGAGGGCGAUCAGGAUGCUGCCAAGGUGCUCAAGGGCAUGAAGGAUGUGGCCAAGGACAAGGAUAACGAGGCCGGUGCCCUGCCCGAGGACGGAAAACCGGAGUCCCUCAAACCAAAGAGGUGGGACGAGUCGCUGGAGAAGCCGCAACUGGACUACUCCAAGUUCUUCGAGAAGGACGAUGGUCAGCUGCCGGGCUUGACCAUCUGGGAAAUCGAAAACUUCCUGCCCAACAAAAUCGAGGAGGUGGUGCAUGGCAAAUUCUACGAGGGCGAUUGCUACAUAGUCCUCAAGACCAAAUUCGAUGACCUGGGCCUGCUCGACUGGGAGAUAUUCUUUUGGAUCGGCAACGAGGCCACACUGGACAAACGAGCUUGCGCUGCCAUUCAUGCAGUCAACCUGAGGAACUUUCUGGGCGCCCGGUGUCGAACGAUUCGCGAGGAACAGGGCGAUGAAUCCGAGGAGUUUCUGGCCCUUUUCGAAACGGAAGUUAUCUACAUCGAGGGCGGUCGGACGGCCACUGGUUUCUAUACCAUCGAGGAGAUGAUACAUAUCACUAGAUUGUAUUUAGUGCAUGCCUAUGGUGCCACAAUACACCUGGAGCCUGUGGCUCCGGUCGUUGCCUCCCUGGAUCCCCGCCACGCCUUUGUCCUGGAUCUGGGCACACACAUUUACAUUUGGCUGGGCGAGAGAUCGAAGAAUACGCUCAACUCCAAGGCCAGAUUAAUGGCGGAGAAGAUAAGCAAAACGGAGCGAAAGAACAAGUGUGAAAUCCAGUUGGAGCGGCAGGGCGAAGAGAGUCCGGAGUUCUGGCUGGGACUGGAAAUGUCGCCGGAGGAAGGAGCCGCCGCAGAGGCACCAAAGGAGCACGUUCCCGACGACUAUCAGCCGGUGCAGCCUCGCCUCUACCAGGUGCAACUGGGCAUGGGAUAUCUGGAGCUGCCGCAAGUGGAGUUACCUGAGCAGAAACUUUGCCACACCUUGCUGAACAGCAAACACGUCUAUAUACUCGACUGCUAUACGGAUCUGUUUGUUUGGUUUGGCAAGAAGUCGACGCGAUUGGUCCGAGCGGCCGCCGUCAAGUUGAGCCGGGAGCUCUUUAACAUGAUGGAUCGGCCGGAAUAUGCGCUGGUGAUGCGUGUGCCCGAGGGCAACGAAAUGCAGAUCUUCCGCACCAAGUUUGCUGGCUGGGAUGAGGUGAUGGCCGUGGACUUUACACGGACAGCCAAGUCGGUGGCCAAAACGGGGGCAAAUCUCACACAGUGGGCCAGGCAGCAGGAGACGCGCACGGAUCUUGCCGCACUGUUCAUGCCCCGCCAGUCGGCCAUGCCCUUGGCCGAGGCGGAACAGCUGGAGGAGGAGUGGAACUACGAUCUGGAGAUGAUGGAGGCCUUUGUGCUGGAGAACAAGAAGUUUGUCCGGCUGCCGGAGGAGGAAUUGGGUCGCUUUUACACCGGCGAAUGCUACGUCUUCCUCUGUCGCUACUGCAUACCCAUUGAGGAGCCCGAAAAUGGCACCGAAGAUGGUGCUAACCCAGCCGCAGACGAUAGUAAAUCCAGUGCAAACAAUCAGCCGGAGGACGAGAUCCAGUGCGUCGUCUACUUCUGGCAGGGACGCAAUGCCGGCAAUAUGGGAUGGCUCACGUUUACCUUUACGCUGCAGAAAAAAUUCAAGGCAAUGUUCGGCGAGGAACUGGAGGUGGUGCGGAUCUUCCAGCAGCAGGAGAACCUCAAGUUUAUGUCGCACUUCAAGCGGAAAUUCAUCAUCCACACCGGCAAGCGGAAGGACAAGGCGCUCAUGCCGAAGGGAAAGGCGCCCGUGGAGUUCUUCCAUUUGCGUUCGAACGGCGGUGCGCUGACCACGCGCCUGAUCCAAAUCAAUCCAGAUGCGGUGCAUCUUAACUCGGCAUUCUGCUAUAUACUCCAUGUGCCAUUUGAAACGGAGGACGAUUCGCAGUCGGGGAUUGUAUACGUGUGGAUAGGCAGCAAGUCCUGCAACGAGGAGGCUAAGCUGGUCCAGGAUAUUGCCGAGCAGAUGUUCAACUCACCCUGGGUGAGCUUGCAGAUUCUCAACGAGGGUGACGAGCCGGAGAACUUCUUCUGGGUGGCGCUGGGCGGCCGCAAGACCUACGACACGGACGCGGAGUACAUGGACUACACGCGGCUUUUCCGAUGCUCCAACGAGCGGGGCUACUAUACGGUGGCCGAGAAGUGUGCCGACUUCUGCCAGGACGAUCUGGCCGACGACGACAUCAUGAUCCUGGACAACGGCGAGCACGUCUUCCUGUGGAUGGGGCCGCGUUGCAGUGAGGUGGAGGUGAAGCUGGCCUACAAGUCCGCCCAGGUGUACAUCCAGCACAUGCGGAUCAAGCAGCCGGAGAGGCCCAGGAAGCUCUUCCUCACGAUGAAGAACAAGGAGUCGCGACGAUUUACCAAGUGCUUCCACGGCUGGAGCGCCUUCAAGGUGUAUUUAUAAUUUUAGGCAACUGAAGGAGCAUCGUGAGGGGCACUUUUACAUUUUCUUCAUUUAUGCACAACCCCUGAGGGUGUACGUUUAGUUUUUUUAAAUCAAAAAGACCGCCUUUAAGGUGUACGUUUAAUAUUUUAGAACUUUAAAAAAGCGCCUUUAAGUAGUCAAUUAAUUUGUAUAAAUUAAAUGACCGCCUUCAGGAUGUGCAUUGAAUUUUACCGGAACUAAAGAGACACCUUCAGGGUGUGCAUUUAAAUUCAAAUGAAAUUAAAAAGCGCCUUUAGGAUGUUAAUUUAGUUUUAUAAAAUGAAUAGAAAACACCUUAGAGGUGUUGACUUAAUUUUAAAAUGUUAGAGGAGCCCCAUCAAGGUGAACAUUUAUUUUAAAGAAUUGAAGUAGACUUCUGGUAGGCGGCUCGUGGGAAUGGGGGUUGGGCAGCUGCCGUGACAGAGCAGCUGCCCCACAACACAUGACAAAGCAAAACCAAUCGUAUCGAAAACGAAACAAAUACGAACAGAAACAGAAACAUAAACAUAAAAAAACAAAAAGAAAUCGUAAUACCCAUCAGAUCGCAACAAGAACAUGUUUGUACUUUUAUAAAAUGUAUUUAAUUGUUUUGUAUAAUUAAUUUAAAUUUUUUUUAUUAGCUCACUUGCUCCUGCCCUUAACUAAUUAGCUAACAACUCCAACAACGCCAAGUAUUCGCCCACUCUUUACGAGAAAACCUUAUAAAUAUAUAUAAUGCAAAUAUAUAUAUACCUACAAAUACGCAAUAUUUAUAUACGCUGAGCUGAGAGGAUACUCCUUGUGCUAGUCCUUUUAAAAUGUUAACCUACUUAAAGCUAGCCUGUAAUAAAACGAAAGAAAUCACUAAAACUUAUUGUACAAAUGCCACGUAUUUAUUUUAUUUUUAUUAAUCCCCUGAAUAAAAAUUUAGAAAAAUUGCA